AUGAAGGUGGUCGCAAAGUUUGCUGUUUCUAUCGGCUUCAUUGCUAGACUAGCCCUCGCGCAAGACCAUGGCGAAGAUGCCAGUCGCGAGAUGGGACCUGUAGCAUUUAUGUGGCCACCAGAUCGUCUUUGGGGUGCUGACCAAGAUAAUCGCGCCCCUUGUGGCUCGGCUGCGAGUGUCGCCAACAGGACAAUUUUCCCACUGUUAAAUGGACAGAUUGCACUGGUAGCACAGGACGAAUCCUGGCAAAUACAGGUUGCCAUCUCGCACAGCAACAAUCCUCUCUCGAACGACGACUUCGAGGCUGUCAUUGCACCCACCAGGAUUCCAGAGCUCAAUGAGGGACAUCAGUGUUAUCCGAUCCCAAACCCGGCAGCUGAUGUUGAAGCAGGCGCCAAUGCCACUCUUCAAAUCAAGUACACUUCCGACUUUGAUACAGACUUGAAUGAAACUUUCUAUGCAUGUGCAGACAUCACUUACGUUGCUACCAGUCAGUUCAAUGUGCAGGUGCCUUGCUUCAAUGCCACGGUCGAUGAUUUCGACCUUCCUGAGGAGAAUGAUGAUGACGGUGACGACAACAGCUCAACCUCUACAGGCUCAGCCGCAGGUGCCUCGUCGACCGCUUCGGGUGCUGUGACGACCUCGUCUGGCUCUUCCUCCAGACUUUCUGGUGGUGCAAUAGCUGGCAUUGUCGUUGGCGUCGUAGGUGGACUUCUAUUUCUUGCCGGCGGUUUCUUCUUCCUCUGGCGACGAGGCCAACGGAACAGGCGUCUUCGACAGCAACAGGCCAAUGUCAGGAACGUCAAAUGGGAGGAGCAUACAUCAGGAGCGCCACCUUCCCAGAGUUCGUCUCAGGAUAUUGGACUAAGGAAACUUUAG